ACCUCUAUCCCCCACUUAUUUCGAUUUUGCCACUGAUUCAAAAAAACAAACAAACUUAUUUGCUAAAAGCUAUGGAGGAGGAGAAGAAGUUGUUGGCUUUAACUCGGACUGACUCAGCCGAGAAAAAGCGAGUUCGAGACGAGUUAUCCGACGAAGCGGUUCUUGACUCGCCGGAGGUGAAGAGGUUGAGAGAUGAUUUAUUCGAUGUUCUCGAUGACUCGGAUCCUGAACCAGUGAGUCAAGAUCUCGACUCGGUUAUGAAAAGUUUCGAAAACGAGUUAUCAACGGUCACCACCACGACGGGGCAAGGCUCUUCCGCCGGAGAAACUCAGCCUGAUCUCGGUUAUCUUCUCGAAGCUUCCGAUGACGAGCUUGGUUUACCUCCGCCUCCAUCGAUUUCUCCGGUUCCCGUCGCGAAGGAGGAGGAAACGACGGAGACGUUAACGGAUUUGGUACGAGCGUCGUCUGAUUCGUCAGGAAUCGACGAGAUUUGGGGAUUUGAAGAUCACGUGACGAAUUACGGUGGUUUAGAUUUUGGUUCCGGCGUCGGUGACGGUGGAGAUUACGUGGCUGUUGAGGGGUUGUUUGAAUUUUCCGACGAUUGUUUUGAUUCCGGCGAUCUGUUUUCGUGGCGGUCGGAGUCGUUACCGGCGGAAUAAAAAUAACAAACUUUUUUUUUAAUU